AUGGAAGCGUCGAUAUCAAAUACCGCUGAACACUCCCAGUACCUGUGUUGUGGCCACCAUUCGCUUCGAUAUCUCCGCAGUCUGCAUCCUUCUAGCCAUCGAUCCCAGCUAAUUUACUGUUUGCGCAUCAGAGCCGUCAGCAUAUCGGCUCUUCGUCGUACUUCUCAGCUGUCUUUACCAUCAGCCACAUGGGGCUCAGGCGUGCUCGUUCGCUCAGACUCAUUUCCCGUGCGAACAGUUUCUUUCCCAAACAAUCAAAAUAUCAUGCUCAAGGCCCACAACACAUUGCUCAUCACUGAGCUGACUGGCGACACGAGAUUCGGUGCGAUCAUUCUGAGUUAA